AUGGAAGCUGCCAAACCUAUGCCUACACCUUGUUCUACAACCAACCUCACCAAGAACAAUGGAGACUUAUUCCCUGAUCCUACGCUCUACCGAAGUAUUGUAGGAGCAUUGCAUUAUCUCACAUUAACAAGACCUGACAUUGCUUAUUCAGUAAACAAGGUUUGCCAGUUCAUGCACUCCCCAACAACAGAACAUUGGGCUGCUGUCAAAUGUCUCUUGCGGUAUAUAAAAGAUACCCUUGAUCAUGGCAUCCAUCUUCGUGUGUCACAAUCCAUUCUUCUUAAUGUGUAUACAGAUGCAGAUUGGGUUGGGUGUCCUGAUGAUCGACGAUCUACUAGUGGUUUUUGUAUAUAUCUUGGGGAUAAUGUGAUAUCAUGGAGCUCUAAGAAGUAG